UGGGCCAACGAUAUUGAACGAUCACUCUCCCUCACCGGCGAACUUGCUACUUCCGUCUCUUUCUCCGGCGAACUUCACCCGAUUUUCCGGUAUACUCCUUUUUCAGGUAAAAUCCGUUUUGUGUUUCUAUAAUUGUUCAAAAGACCUCUAUAUUAAAACUUGAAAAGAAACCCUAAUUCUGGUUUGUAGGUAGAAAUCCGCUAUGAAUAAUAACAAUCCAGUUAAGAACGUCAGUUUAGCAAACUUAGUUUCUCAAUCUAUGCCCAUAAACCACAAUCAACCACCACCACCACAUCACUUCUCUCAAUCACCAGCACAACGUGGUUCACCCUACCCUGGCCAUUUUCAAUUAUCCGAAUCACAAACCCAACGUUCUAAUGCUCAAUUCCAAAGCCAAGCUCAAGCCUUUAGCCAUUACAUCACUUCAGGUGUUAACACCAAUGCUGGUGGUGUCUCAUCAACCGCUAAUUCUACACCCAACACAGCCUCUGGUGGUGGUAAUAGAAAAGUGCUGCAUCGACCGCCUUCUCGAACCGGUGGUUCAUCUAGCCAUGGUCAAGCUACUGCUUCACCUUUAAAGACCAUAGAACUAACCCCGGCUGUGAGAAGGAAAAAGCGUAAAGUUUCUGAUAAGCUUAUACCUGAUAAAGUGGCUGCGGUGUUGCCCGAGUCAGCACUUUACUCUAAUUUGCUUGAACUCGAGGCUCGUGUAGAUGCUACUCUUUUUAGAAAGAAGAUUGAUAUGUUGGAAUCCCUUAAGAAUCCUCCGCGUAUCCAGAAAACCCUGAGAAUUUAUGUGUUCAAUACUUUUGCUAAUCAGACACCAGAUAGUGUUGAGCCAGCUUCAUGGUCUCUUAAGAUUCUUGGGAGGAUUUUGGGGGGUGGGCCGGAUCCUUCUAGGUCGGAAAUGGAGCAGAAAUCGGUCGUUUCUUACCCAAAGUUUUCAGCUUUCUUCAAAAAAAUUACUGUUUACUUGGAUCAGAAUCUAUAUCCUGAUAACCAUGUAAUCUUGUGGGAUAGUUCUCGAUCACCAGCGCUUCAUGAGGGUUAUGAGAUUAAGAGGAAAGGGGAUAAGGAGUUUACUGCUAUCAUCAGGCUGGAAAUGAAUUAUAUGCCUGAGAAAUUUAAACUUUCACCAGCUUUGCAAGAGGUUCUUGGUAUUGAGGUUGAGACACGAGCUAGAGUUUUAGCUGCUUUAUGGUACUAUGUAAAAACUAGGAAGCUACAGAUAUCUGAUGACACCUCCUCGUUCACUUGUGAUGCUCCUCUAAAGAAGGUUUUUGGAGAAGAAAAGCUGAAAUUUGCCCAGGUUUCCCAAAAGAUUACUCAACAUUUAACUGCCCCUCAACCUAUUCAUUUGGAGCACAGGAUUAAGCUAUCUGGAAAUAGCCCAGCUGGGAACACUUGUUAUGAUGUACUGGUUGAUGUUCCCUUGACAUUGCAGAAGGAAAUGUCCUCUUUCUUAUCUAGUUUAGAGAAGAACAAGGAAAUUGAUGCAUAUGAUGAAACUAUUUCCAACGCUAUAAAGAAAAUCCAUGAACAUCAAAGAAGGCGAGCUUUCUUUCUGGGAUUUAGUCAGUCGCCUGCCGAUUUUAUUAAUGCGUUAGUUGCAUCUCAAGCCAGGGAUCUUAAGCUUGUUUCUGAUGAUUCCACCCGUGUUUCAGAAAUGGAGAAACGUUCUGAAUUCUACAAUCAGCCUUGGACUGAAGAUGCCGUCAUUCACUACUUGAACCGCAAACAGGUUUCUGGUACUGACCAUUCUGCAAGAAAAUAGGGCUUGUCAGGCCAUAUUUUUUGGACAAAGGAUGUCCUACAUAAACUAGGGGAUCUUAUAUAGCAGCAUUCUAAUAAUCUGCUCAAGAGCAUGCUUCUGCUGGUAGAAAGAGUGUAUCGUAUUUCAGUAGGUCUUGAAUGUUAGGGAUUUGUCAAAUGCGCCCUAAGAAAAGGAUAAAGAGGAACGAACUCCUGUGAGCAAAUGGUUACUAUCUGGCGCUUUGUAGUUAUGUUGGAAAUGCUUUGAUUGUUAAGGGCUGGAGUAGAAAUCAGAGCCACUCAGCAAUUUGUAGUCAGCCAUUCUUGACUUUAUGAUGUUUUAUUAGAUGUAUGCUGGAAUAGGAAAUUACUCGUAACAACAGCUCACUACCAAGACAAGCUUUAUAGGCGCGUAAAUGCUUUGCUUUUGUAAUCAGAAGUUCUUUUUGACUGAACCAUCUAACUGAUUGUAAUAGGUAGAAACAGCUGAUAUCUACUUUAUGCUUUCGACGGGUAGACAGACAAUGGGUACUGUAUAUGAUUAGAGCAUAUUUUAAUAAAGAGGAAAUUUCAGAGACCA